CCUCAGACGAUACCAUGGCGAUUAGCAGCUGUUUACAAUUUCACAUCGCUACUGUUCCAUCUGUAGAUGUGUACUAUACAUAUAUCACGCUCUAAACUAAUUCAGAUUUUACCCGGAUUAUGUCUUUUGCUUCGCAAAGCAGCUCGCUAUUCUCUUCUUAUUUCGAAAUCAGACCGUUGAGCAUUUCCUCCAUUCCCCUUAGCAGAGUCCGGCAGUGGAAUUAACCCAAAUAUGGCGGCGGUAUCUGUCAGCAAGAAGUGAAACUUUGGCUCAAGAGAGUGAUUAUAUCUUGUCAAACGGCCUCUUUUCUGCUCGUUGUCGUCGUUCUGGCAUUCCUGUUGCCGUAUCGUUAACGUCCUUUCGUGUGCUUUCCGAGGAGCUCCUUCUUUCGAGGGUUUUUCUCUUUUAAUGUUUUCGCUAGCUAGCUCACUGGAGAACAGGGGCUCCAGUCUAAGUUAGCUUACGGUGCGGCGGCGAAAGUGCCUUUCAGUCCCGUGUUUACCCUGUUUAGGUGAUCCAGCCUCUCAGAUCCAUCGCACGUUUACCAGGUCCGAGACAUUUAAAGACGCGUGCUGGUUAUUUCCAACCGAGGACGGCGCUUCUGUGCUUAUUUUUGUACGUCCCUGGCCUCCAAUUAAGUUGGAUGUUUUUCGAUGUGCUGCCGACCUCAAGACAUUUGAUUUGCUAGCACCGUCUGUCCUGGCAAAUCAAUGGAGAAACUUCAGGAUCUCAGCCAAUCCGAGUUACAGGAUUUGCUCGAUAACUCGGAGCGGGUGGAGUCGAUGGCACUGGAGUCUGAUGAGAUCCAGAACAUUCAGCUGGAAAGGGAAAUGGCUCUGGCUUCCAACCGCAGCCUGGCCGAGCAGAACCUUGACAUGAAACCCCGGCUAGAGCGAGAGCGAGAACGCCUGGUGGAGAAAUACGCUGAGCUGGAGGAAGUGAGGGAGCGAUACAAACAGCACUGUGCCCUCAGAGAUGGCAUUAUGGGACAGGUGUCCCCUGAGGGAUUAUUCUCUCGUCUGCAGGCAGAGGGCGCCAGCACUGAGGCAGAGUCUGAGGCUCUAGCUGAUGAGUUUCUGGAAGGUUCCUUGUCACUUGACUCCUUCCUUGAGCGCUUCCACUCUCUCCGCUCUCUUGCUCAUAAAAGACGGGUGUGCAUCGAGAAGCUGCAGGAGAUCCUCCGCCAGAAGAGCCAAGGAGUUGGAGACUCUGGCAUGACAUCACAAUCAUGCACCAAUCCGGACGCUGGAUCACUAUCACCGUGGCAACAGCAGCAACCCCAGCAACAGCCGCAACAGAAACCCAGCGUGUCCACCAACCCCUCCAACUCUGCCCUGCCUUACCCCCAAUACCCUGUUUCUCCUCCCAACCAGCCCUCCUCGGCCUCUGCAGCGGGCCCCUCCAACCCUUCUGCUGCGUUUCAGCCGUACCCCAACCAGGUCACAGCCUUUACUCCAUCCACCGGCUACCCUGCUCCUCGGCCUGGCUUUGGCCCCUCCCCAUGCCCGUACCCCGCUCAACCCGCAUUUCCUGCUCCCCAAGGUCCACCAUUUGGGCAGUAUGGCCCUGCUAAUGCUCCAUACCCCAAUCCAUACCCUUAUGGGGGUUAUAGUUACCCCAUGGGCCCCCAUAUGGCCCCUUCUCAAUCACCUACAGGUAGGCCGCUUUAUAGGCCUGGGUUUGGGGUACCGCAGCCAUACUCCUGAACCCUAGUGUUUCUCUCUCUCUGUCUCUCUCUCUCUCUCUCUCUCUCUCUCACACUCUCUCUCUCUCUCUCUCUCUCUCUCUCUCUCUCUCACACUCUCUCACACUCUCAAACCCUCAACUGUCUUGUCUUUUUCCUCCCUCUACCUCCCUCUUCCUCCUCCUGACACCAAGAUUUGUGGUUUGCGCACCCCUGACACGUUCUCUUCCUGUUCAAGGCUUACACAGAACACUUGACUUUGGUUCACCAUGUCCCUUUUUCCCCGUCGACACUCAAUGAAAGACUGGCACUAAAACCUGUCAGAGACCAAAACGGAUGUUACACUUGACUCUGGACUUAGUUCAGCUGGGUUCCUGGCUAUUCUAGCAUGUUUUCUGAGACCGCAAGUCAUUGAUAAUGUGUUGGUUGUAUUUGACGUUAUCUUUUAAUUCCAUUCAACAGAAUCGUGUUGCUGUUUAGCCUUGUUUGGCUAUGGUUCAUAAGUCAUGUUGUCUUUUUUUUUUUUUUAUUUAACUGCUAAAGAAAAAGUGUCACACUACGUGUGAGUGCAUCACUGAGCAUCAGGCUACUCCUACGUUUGUGUAGCCACUUAUCUGUGACAUCUUUUUUAUAUUGUAGCAUUACACCUCUACCAUUUACUGAAGGCACAGACUGCUUCACCACGGUUUUCACUGCGUUUUUAGGGCAUCGUCAUUUAGACGGGUUUGACCCUGGACCAUAUUGUCUGUAACUUGUCUAAGAGUGCAGUCAGUUCUGUUGUGAAUGCAAGAGUGCAAACGCUUUGCACCCCCCCCCCCUUUCUUUGUCUGAAUUAACUCCUCGUUCCUCCCUUCCCCCUCACUCUUUCUUAACCUUUUAUCCUGUUUCUUACUCCUUCCUUCCUUUUUUUUGUUCUGUUCACACCUCCUUGCUCCAUGUAUAGCUUAUUGACUGAGAACAAUGACAAUUAACAGAAGGAACAGUUUAUUUCCAAGUUCUCUAGUGGAGACUGUGUGAUUUGUAUAAACAGAUACUAAUAAUAAUGACAAAUAAGAAAACAAGGGAUAUUAAUAUAGACAUAUCUUUAUCUGCUAUAGCACAGUUUGUGGCGUGGCGUAAAAGGCAAGGGAAACAAAACACAGCACAGCGCAUAUGCAAGGGAGUUUGGGCUGCAUAACAUCCUUAUGAGUGUUCAUACAGCAUUCAGUACCCAUUUAAACACUGAAAAUGUUUUAGCGGUCAGCUUUAUGCAGACCAUUAACAUGGAUAUUAGCUGUAGGAAGUUGGCAUGGGAAAAAAAAACAAGUUUGCCUGUUAGAAAGGACUUCUUGUGAGUGUGAGUGUAUUUUAGUUUGCCUGAUAUGGGGUAGAUGAAAGCUUGAUGCAUCCUCUACGAAGGUGUUAUGUAGUCCCCUACAACAGCCCCACCUUUUGGAGUGUUUACCUGCUAUGUGUUGACUCAUAGGAUGACCAUUUUGAAUCACAUUUGCACUCCACAAUAACAGCUUCUGUCCCUACGGCAGAAGGGCCUGGCGGCGGAGCCUGAGAACCGUCAGCUUUAGAUCAGAUGCUCGGGGUCAGUUUUUUUUUUUUUUUUCCCUCCUUAGUUUCUUUUUUUUUUUUUUUUUUUUUUUUUUAUCAGUCAUUAUUGUUUUUAACUUAAAAGCAAUCCAAAAACCAGAGGCAUCCCCAAUCAAGCCUCAGGUGGCUUUAAUGAAUUAACGAACUCAGUAAUUAAGACUCAGGUUUGGAGCAAAAACCCCGUCGUCUACGGCCCGUCCUCAGGACCCGAAGCGAGGGAAAGCUGACAUGAAAUAAAGGAGGGGAAAUGGGGUGAUACUUUAGUCGCACACUGUGAUGUGCAGCAUUAGAGGAAAGACAUUCUGUUGGGUUGGUGGUGAUGACUGUAGCCUGUUAAAAGUGUAUGAUUUUUAUUUUUAUUGCUUUUCUUUUUUUGGUGUGAAUAUUAAACACUGAAGUUGAUCUAUGAAAA